AAUAAAUCUGCUGAAGGUGGUGGGAGGGUAGCAGGAGCAUGGUCCCAGCAUUCUACAAAGAAUGUCUUUUGCCAGGCAGUUUCAGUUUUCAGAGAAACCAGGCACUGAGUGAGAUUUCUCAGGAAAGGUCCCUUUUGGUCCCUUUUUGCCCCUGAGCAGGUAAAGACGCUCCGGUCCACAGAGAUGCUGUCUAUGUCUGGGAAGGCUGAUAGAUCGGAUUUAGACACCCUCAUUUGUAGUCAUUGCCACCUUGUGGAUUACAAAGGAUAUUGGUUUUCAUCAAACUUCCAUUCCAAUUUGGCUUUUUAUGGCAAGUACACGUUGGCAAUGGAUUGCUUGUGUUCCUCACCAAAAGGAUCUUCGUUUGUUCGGUAACACCUCACUUCUCCACUCACAGUUCAUUUAUGAUUCUGAUGAGAGUGUUUUUUCAGGAAACACACAUUUCACUUUUUGACCUAGGAGCAUCUGUUAGAAUUUUUUUUUUUUAAUACUACUUUGGCAUUCUGAAAGUGUUAAUGUCUUUCAUAUCUGUUUAAUGCUAUUUAGGGAUAUUUACGAUCACCUCUUGGUUACUCAGGGUAAAGUGUGUCGCAAUUUUUUUUAAACAGACAGGAAAGCAUUCACAUGAGGAAACAGAUUGCUUUAAACAUGUGCUUCCUGUGACAGUAAAAAGAACAAAUUAGAUUUAACACUGUGUAAUGAAUGCAUAAAUGUGUACAUUUAAGCUUUUAAAAGCUUUAUGUUCAGUUUUGGUCACAACAAAAAAUGAGUCACCUGUAAAAAUUAGAGAUGCCUCUGGUAUGCUCAGACUCCUGAAAUGUCCAGCAGUUGCAAAUCCGAACCCACGAUGCCUCACUGGGAUCAUAAAUAGCAUGGUUUGUUAAUGCUGGUAAGAACUAGGACUUUACAGGACACAUUCAGAGGUUAAACCAGAUUGGGAGUCUGAUAAUGUGCAUUGAGCAAAGAAUUUGAAAUGUAUUGGGGAGGGGAAGGAUUUUACUAAAAAAUCAAUUAAAAAUUUUUCAUUUUUUUCUGAACCAAAAUAUUCUUUCAUGAAAAAAAAAAAGAGAAAGAACUCUGUGAUGUUUACUUAGCAGCAUUUACAACAAUUUAAUAAUAUAAGAAAAGACCCCUUUUCUUAUGUAAUUCAGCAGCGGUCAUGAAUGCUGGCUGGCAGGGAAUGAAUAGAAUCUGAGUUCAUAUUUCAGGUUAGACACGAGCCUUGCAUUGGAGGGCACGAAUUCUGUCCCCAGCAGAAGAGUAGAGUUGCUCAUGGCCAUUUCUGUCUGAGCCUGGCGGAUGGUGUCUUUCUGUCCCCUGUGCUUUCACAGCUAAGGAUUUGUGGCAUGCUCACCAUCUCUCUGGCCAAGCAGGGCCGGGACAGAGUCCCUCAGGGGAGGGCAUGUAGUUUGGGGACAUCUGACACUCUUAUAGCGCAUACUGAGGUACUAAUAUCAAAACAGACUGCUUGUUGUCGCACGGUGGGGCAGCGCUUUUUUGGCUGCCGUGGUCGAAAUGAAAUGGGCAAGCUGUAGUCCGCUUGGCAUCAGAAUGGGCUGAGGGAAGCUGGGAAAUCAGAGUCAGACUGUGAAUGCAAGUUACAGCCAAUGGUUAACUUCCUUUUUGUGUGUCACUUGGCAGCGAUGAGACUGAUGGCGAUUUUUUUUUCCGUGGGUUAGAGUUCAGUGCCCUGGGAAGAGCCGUAGACGCUGUUACUGUGCUUCUUCAUACAGUUGAGUUGUGUUGAUUUCUUGAGGCCACUACAGCUGUUCCAAGGGCCAGCUCCAGGAGCUCCAUACAUGGCCAUCGGACUUCGGAUGCAAAGGUCUAUGCUCCAUCAGCAAGCACUGCCGACUACAAUAGGGACUCGCCAGGCUACCCUUCCUCAAAGCCAGCAGCCAGCACUUUCCCUAGCUCCUUCUUCAUGCAAGAUGGCCAUCACAGCAGUGACCCUUGGAGCUCCUCCAGUGGGAUGAGUCAGCCUGGCUACGGAGGAAUGUUGGGCAAUUCUUCUCAUAUUCCACAGUCUAGCAGCUACUGCAGCCUGCAUCCACAUGAGCGUUUGAGCUAUCCAUCACACUCCUCAGCAGACAUCAAUUCCAGUCUUCCUCCGAUGUCCACUUUCCACCGUAGUGGCACAAACCACUACAGCACCUCCUCCUGCACGCCUCCUGCCAACGGGACGGACAGUAUCAUGGCAAAUAGAGGAAGCGGGGCAGCAGGCAGCUCCCAGACUGGAGACGCUCUGGGGAAAGCACUUGCUUCGAUCUAUUCUCCAGAUCACACUAACAACAGCUUUUCAUCAAAUCCUUCAACUCCUGUUGGCUCUCCUCCUUCUCUCUCAGCAGGCACUGCUGUUUGGUCAAGAAAUGGAGGUCAGGCCUCAUCAUCUCCCAAUUAUGAAGGACCCUUGCACUCCUUGCAAAGCCGAAUUGAAGAUCGUUUAGAAAGACUGGAUGAUGCGAUUCAUGUUCUCCGGAAUCAUGCAGUGGGCCCAUCCACAGCUGUGCCUGGUGGUCAUGGAGACAUGCACGGGAUCAUUGGACCUUCUCAUAAUGGAGCAAUGGGUGGUCUGGGCUCAGGGUACGGAACCGGCCUUCUUUCAGCCAACAGACAUUCACUCAUGGUUGGGGCCCAUCGUGAAGAUGGCGUGGCCCUGAGAGGCAGCCAUUCUCUUCUGCCAAAUCAGGUUCCGGUUCCACAGCUUCCAGUCCAGUCUGCAACUUCCCCUGACUUGAACCCACCCCAGGACCCUUACAGAGGCAUGCCACCAGGACUUCAGGGGCAGAGUGUCUCCUCCGGCAGCUCUGAGAUCAAAUCUGACGAUGAGGGUGAUGAGAACCUGCAAGACACAAAAUCUUCUGAGGACAAGAAAUUAGACGACGACAAGAAGGAUAUCAAAUCAAUUACUAGGUCAAGAUCUAGCAAUAAUGACGAUGAGGACCUGACUCCAGAGCAGAAGGCAGAACGUGAGAAGGAACGGAGAAUGGCCAACAACGCCCGGGAGCGCCUGCGGGUCCGAGACAUCAACGAGGCUUUCAAGGAGCUCGGCCGCAUGGUGCAGCUCCACCUCAAGAGUGACAAGCCUCAGACCAAGCUCCUGAUCCUCCACCAGGCCGUGGCUGUCAUCCUCAGCCUGGAGCAGCAAGUCCGAGAAAGGAAUCUGAAUCCGAAAGCAGCAUGUCUGAAAAGAAGGGAGGAAGAGAAGGUGUCCUCAGAGCCUCCCCCACUCUCCUUGGCUGGCCCGCACCCCGGAAUGGGAGAUGCAUCCAAUCACCUGGGACAGAUGUGAAAGGGUCCAAGUUGCCACAUUGCUUCAUUAAAACAAGAGACCACUUCCUUAACAGCUGUAUUAUCUUAAACCCACAUAAACACUUCUCCUUAACCCCCUUUUUUGUAAUAUAAGACAAGUCUGAGUAGUUACGAAUCACAGACGCAAGAGGUUUCAGCAUUCCCAAUUAUCAGAAAACAGAAAAACAAACAAAAAAAAAGAAAAAAGUGCAACUUGAGGGACGACUUCUUUAACAUAUCAUUCAGAAUGUGCAAAGCAGUAUGUACAGGCUGAGACGCAGCCCAGAGACUGAAUGGCAAUCUUUCCACACUGUGGAACAAUGCAUUUGUGCCUAAACUUCUUUUGGAAAAAAAAAAAUAUAAUUAAUUUGUAAGUCUGAAAAAAAUAUUUAAUUUAAAAAAAUUGUAAACUUGCAAUAAUGAAAAAGUGUACUUCUGAAGAAAAACUACAUGAACGUUUUUGUUGGUAUUCAAGUCAGCUAGUGUUUAUUAUUACUGGAUAUUGAAUAGGGGGAGCUCGGCUGCCCUAGUCACAAAACCAGCAAACGUCCUGAUGACAAGAAGUGAUGACAUUAGCCAUUCCUUAGGGUAGGAGGAACAGAUGGAUCUUAUAGACCUAUGACAAAUAUAUAUAUAAAUAUAUAUAUAAAUAUAUAUUAAAAAUUUAGUGACUAUGGUAAGCUUUUGUUCAUUUGUUUCAGACUUUUUUUCUCCUGUAAAAAAAUAGUACUGAUUAACUUUUUUAAAAGAAAGAUUUUACUGUAAAUAUGGAUUUUUUUUUUUUGGGCGGGGGGGUCUUAUUUCUGUCCCUUUCCCCGGUUUGUUACCAUAACCUGUAGUGCCAACUCUGCUUCUGGAGGGGCAGUGCAGGAGGAAAUGCUGACCCUGAUGUUGCUUCUCAUUCAUAAAUAAGUAGAAAGUCGUUUCUCCAGUCUUUUGGGAACACAGGACUUAAAAGUCACAUCAUGUGUAGAUAUUACAAGCAGCAUUACCAAGACAUGGCAAAACUGUUGUCUGACUUGUAAUGUUGCAUUUGUGACCCUAUUCUGGGAUUUUCAGAGGUACAAGGUUAGAAUGCUACAAUGUUACCACUGUGCCUUCCAAUGUUUAUAUCAUCGGAAACAUAACAUAAUCAAAGUGGCUGUGAUUUAACAAAACGAUUAAAGUGUUACCUACCUGUGUAGCCGGAGUAGUGUGCAGUGAGGCGUUUCUGAAUACAUGGUCAGAUUUUUGGAAAAAAAAAAACACAAAAAAACAAAAACAAAAACAAAAAAAAUGAAGUUCAAAAACCGUCAAAUGAGAAAAUUGCAAGUAGUGUGACAGAGCUGAUUGAUUUUGUUGCUUUCUUGAUUUUUUUUCAAAAUGGGUUUACUAAAAAGUAGAUGACUUAACUAACCUGCCUCCUCCUUCGUCUGAAAAUGCCAAUAUUCAGUCAUCCUGCAGCAUUAUAAUAAGCCUUAUAAGUCCUAAAGCAUUAAGUUGCACUUUUUUGAGGAGGGGUAGUGCAGUAUUUCUCUGGCCAGUAUGAAUGAAGUUUAUACUUAACCAUAUUUGAUAGAAACGUAGACCAAGCUAUGGCACAGCAACUCAUCAGAUAGCUAGCUUUGACGUCUGGGCACAAUUGAACCAAUUUCCAUCGUAAAUCUUUCUAAUGAUUGACUUUGGUGUAUAGUGCAGUAAACAAAUAGUGCUCCUAGUUAAGUAUUUGUCAGCAUCCUUUCGUGUCUAACUCGUUUCUAUUUUUACAGCCACACAAUCUUGGCAUGUAUUAAGAAAAAAAAAACAAUCCCUGUUCAAGUAGUUUUUCCACCUAUCAGCACUGAGUAAAUGCCAUAAAUCCAUCGAAAUGGUCUAAAUGUUCCAUCUGUUCUCCUGUUUUGCCAGUUAUAUAGUAAUGAAAUACAUUUGUAAAUUUUAUGCAACAAAUGGCAAACGUAUCCUUAUUUUGAAAUUGUGUAUGUAAAAGUUAUAUUUUUACAUGUAGACUCUUGUUAUUAUGUGUUUUAAUACAUUGUAUCAGUUUUUGUUUUUCUAAACUGUGUGGUUUUAAAAAAAAGUCUCAUUUAAAUGAUAUAGUGAGCUACAAGAAUCUGAAUUUUAUGUUCAUUUCUGAAAAUGUAAGAACAAAUAAGAUAGUUACCACGUGGUCAUCUUUAUAAACCCAUAAACAUUUUGAUUAGCUGUGUGUGUGUGUGUUGAAAACUGUAAAUAUGUUCAGUAGCGAUAAAACUAAAAUACUUUGAUUUGUUGAUAAGUUCCUACAAUGUGGAGGUGGAUUAAAACCUUAGGAGAAUAGCAGAAAUCAGACUUCAUGAAAAGUUUUUCUGGGGCUUUCCUGAGAAUCGUUCUAUCAAAGGAGCUCAAAAAAGGGCAUGGAAGACAAUAAUGUAUACUCUCCCCUCCUCCUGGAAUAAUGGAAACCAUGUGAACUUGUUCCCUCAGUAUGUUAAAGAUUUCCUUUUAGUGGUCCAUUCUGCACUCAUUUUGUAUAGUCUCAAGGCGGGUAUCCCUAGGAACAAUAUUAUAUAGGAAGCAGGUAUACUCUGAUCACAUUCAGGAUAAGUGUACAGAAGGGAAUACGGUGUUUACUCUUUAGGGAACUGGAAGCUCCCUGCAUUGAUGUACAUGUUCAGAGGGCACUUUUGAUACAUGUUAUCAGAAAGGUGCUUCAUAGAGCUGAAUUAAAGUUUUUCAGAUCUGUAAACAAAGCAAAACAUUAAAUUGUAGUCAUUUGGUUAUUUUUUAAAUUGGUGCUUUAUAUUUUGUUCUCAGUCAAACCGAGGAAAAGCUGCAAUUUCUUGUUCACCAGCUUUGAUGUAUUCAUUACUCCGUAAUGUAAUACCUCUAUUGUGGAAUUCCCUUUGGGCAGAAGUGAAAAACUUCCUAACGGCCACCAGAAGCUGCUCGCUGCUCUUUGCUUGGUGGAGAAACAUGAUCUGCACCUCUCCAUAGUAAUUGGGUGGUAUCCCCUGUUUUAAAAAAAGAAAGAAAGAAAGAAAGAAAAAGAAGAAGAAGAAGAAAGGGAACGUGGCCUUUUUAGUGUGGUUUUUUUGGUUUUUUGUUUUUUUCAUUUUUUUGUAAUUUGCAAACCCAGGUAAGAUAUUGGUAUCCUGCACUGGAUUUUUGAAUAAAAUUUAGCAGAAGACAGUUAGGAUUAAAGAAUAUACAAAAAAAAAAAAUGUCUAAAAGGUCCAUACUGCACCAGGCAUGCAUAUAUUAUAUAUAUAUAUAUAUAUAUAUAUAUAUAUAUAUAUAUAUAUAUAUAUAUAUGAUGCUUAGACUGGGGAUCGGUUUAAGAAACUUGGACUUUGAAAGCAACUUGGAACAGUUGAUCCACCUCCACAUUCGAGUGAUUUAUAAUAUGCAGAAUAGGGAUCUGUUCAUCUAGAAAUCCUUACCAUUUGUCUUCGUGUAGCUGCAAGGAACACUAAUGUGUAUACAACAGUCCACCAGUGGUGCAACUGGUUCUCAUUCAGUCUUCCGAUUCCUUUAAUUUUGUUGUUGUUUUUUGAUUUGAUUUUUUUUCCUAUCUCUUGAAUUUUUUUUUUUAUUCGUGAUCUUUAUUUUGAUGAGGGGUUGGGGAGUGGGGAGGGAAUCUAAUCGAGACUUGGGGUUAUGAGGAUUUUCGUCUUUGCAUCCAACAGGCAAAUAUGAUGUGUCCAAAAGUGAACUUGAGUCAGGAAUGAAACAAUUUCAGCAUAAACAAGCACAAAAAUUUAGUCUGCUGGCUGACUGGAAGCAAAAGAGUCAAGAUGGAAUUUGAUGAAUUCCAACACAAUGGGGCACCAGGGCCUUUAGGCCUCUUUAUUUUGCUUUGGUUUUAUUUGUUUUCUUUAGAGACAUGCUCCUUCUCAUGGGACUUGAAGUGGACUCAUCUUUGUGCAGUGCUGGUUUUUGCCAUACUCAUUUCAAGUAUUAUAGACAUAUGUAAUGGUGAAAAUAUAUGAACUGUGGCCUUUUUCAUUCUUGUUACUUGUGAUGCAAUUAAGUGAAGAUAAGAAAAAAAAAAAAAAGCAGAGAUUUACCAUGUAUCAGUGCCUGGCUUUUUGUUAUAAAGCUUUGUUUGUCUAGUGCUCUUUUUGCUAUAAAAUAGACUGUAGUACACCCUAGUAGGAAAAAAAAAACUAAAUUUAAAAAUAAAAAAUAUAUUUGGCUUAUUUUUCGCAGGAGCAAUCCUUUUAUACCAUGAAUAUUACAAAAAAAAUUUGUCAGAUUCUGAAUAUUUCUUCUUUGUAGAUUUUUGGAAUCAUUAUGAGUAAAAGUUUGUUACUUUAUUUUACUAUUUAAAAGAUGUUAUUUUACCAUGUGUUACCAAGAUGAAACUGUAUGGUAGCCUUUUUUCGUUUGUUUUUUUAUUUUUUUGUUUUUUGUUUUUGUUUCUGUUUUUGUUUUAGUUGUAGGUCGCAGUGGGGAAAUUUUUUUUGCGACUGUACACAUAGCUGCAGCAUUAAAAACUAAAAAAAAUUAUUAAAAAAAGAAAAAAAGGGAAAACGUUUAAAAAAAAAAGAUAAAACAGUUACACCUUGUUUUCAAUGUGUGGCUGAGUGCCUCGAUUUUUUCAUGUUUUUGGUGUAUUUCUGAUUUGUAGAAGUGUCCAAACAGGUUGUGUGCUGGAGUUCCUUCAAGACAAAAACAACCCAGCUUGGUCUAGGCCAUUACCUGUUUUCCCAUCUGUAGUUAUUCGAUGAAGUCAUGUACAUGACCGUUCUGUAGCAAUAAAUGUGCCAUUUUUAUAAA